AUGGCCAGCAUCCUCUCCAUCUUUGAGCUUGCUCCUUUUGGAAUUGCUCUCCCUGCGAUUGCAGCAUGGAUAUAUAAGUUCAUCUUCAACCACGAACUAAUACGAAAUUCCCAUUUUAACCAGUACAAGCGAAAGACCAAGAUCAACGAAAUCAUUGAUCGCACGAACAAAAAAUAUAGAUGUCACUUGAUUCACGUUGAUGUUGCAGACGAAUCUGACGAGAUUCAAACCAGCAAAGGUGACUCUUACACCAGACAGAAGUACAUCCACAGAGCCGCUGGUGCUCUCUUCUCCAUCGUGAUUGGAAUAUCGCUAGAACUCACAUUUGCACUUAUGGUGCAAAUGACAGACUUUAUUGAUCUAGAUCCAGCCCUUUUUCAAUAUUCAAUCAGGUUGCUCGUGGUGCUUGUGGCAGUGGUGCAACCACUUCUCAUCAUUAGUCUAUAUGUGACUCAGGACCUUUCACCACCAUUGGAUGCAAGCAGACCAGGGGCUCUAAUGAAGUGGCUCUUUACAGCAGUCCUAUGCAUUGUUUGGUUCAUGAUCUUGGGGCGUGUGGGAUCUUUGGCACAUGCGCUUGAGGAGCCCGGAUACAAGGACUCGAGAUCUUUCUUGCAGCAUAUUACGAGCGAUAUCGUGCUUGCCGGCGUUACUUUCACUGCCAUCCUUUCGGGCGUAGGUUGCACGCUGACUCCGUAUAGGUGGUUUUGGGAUCGUGCUAGAGCGAAGAGAACUGAACGGAGGAUUGUCAAUGAGGUGUCGGUCAAUGAUCUUAUUCAAUCUUACAACAAUACCAAGAUGCUUCUUCGAAAGAGACAACAGGAACUCGAAAACGUCCUUGCAAAGAAUAGUGGAGCAACGAUCAACAACACCGAUCUGGGAAUAAGACUGUUGAAAGGUCUCAAAGGUUCAGGAAAACAACUCUUUAGUAAAGUGCUGAGCUUUGCGAACUUGUCGGUAUUUUCGAGGCAGAAGCCAGAGGAUGAAGAAUUGACUUUUGAGAUUGACUCUCUUAAGCUGCUCAAAGAGCUGAUCUACGAUGAAGUUGCAAAAAACGUGGAGAAGUUUGUGAGAACCCAAGGCCGUGCACCACUACAAACGACUUUAGAGAAGUUCAGCAGCGCGUUUCAAAUUGCAUUCUCUUUCUACUGUGUCUAUAGAGUCCUCAGUGUACUUCUCAUCAAGAUCCCGUCUCAGUAUUUCUGGCAACUGGAAAGUAUGGGAACCAAGGACGCUUUGGCCAUCACUAUUGCGAAACUCAUACAAACGACAUUCACUUUGCCCAUCUCAAACCUGCAACUUGUGAACCAGGUGAGCUUUAUCUUGUCUGGGUCCCUAUUCGCUUGUCUGUUUCAGAACGUCUUGGUUACGGUGAAGACCCUCACUAAAGUAUUGCCUUCUGCCAGCACUACAUUGACGGCGCAAACAAAAACCUGGCUCAAGCAUCUUCUUGUGAGCGAAUUCCUUGCCAUCUACAUUAUCGCCACUGCACAAAUGAUCCGAUCAAACCUCCCACCUGAACUCAGUGGACAAAUGCAAAAGCUCCUCUCUCUUACACCGCUGGGCGAAGCAGACACGGAGACGGAGUUUUUAGAUGCAUGGUUCGAUCGAAUGUUUGGUAUGACAUGUAUCGUAACGCUUGUGAUUUUGGCUGCGAAGAACUUUGUGGAGGCAGAAGAGGAUACUGAUUUUUACGACGAGGAGCUGAUGAUUGAAGACCCGAUGAAAUUGAAGUGA